AUGUCCGUAAAACAAAUAAAACGUCAGUUAUAUUUUUUGGAAAAAUGGCCCGAAUAUAAUUUUGACAAAUUCCGAGGUAUUGUUAAUGAAAAAUAUAAAUCAUCAACAUGUAAAAACGGUGAGGGGUUGGAUAUACAAGGAAACACAGAGAAAUGCGUUAAGUUACAUACUAUUUUAGAUGACUUAGAGAACAUUUUAGAUUUAUCGCAUGGUAAAUUUAGUAAUAUCUGGAAUGACUUUAAGGAUGUAAUAUCGCCAACUAGUAAGAGCAAUAUUUAUUCUUCCACAGCAAUAGACCGUUUUAUAGAUACUUAUGGAAAAAUAGUAGAAGAUUAUUAUGUGAGAAGUUUUAAUAAAUAUAAGAAUUUACAUGGGAAUGAAGAAGAAGUUAUAGACACAAUGAUUUUGUAUUAUUUUGUUGAAAACAUUGAAAAUAUUAAAAGAAUGAUUAGUGAAGCACGUGAUAAAAAUAAUAAUAUAUGUUGUUGGUUUAUUAAUCAUUGUCUUGAAAUAGUAAGAAAAUAUCAAAACGGUAAGUGCUCUAGUGCUAUUUUUGAUAAAUCUACUGGAAGUACUGUAUGUAGAGAGGUAAAUAAUUUUUUGGCACAGUAUAAAGAAAAAGUAUUACCUGUUUUAAAAUCCAAGCCCAACAUAAUAGCUGAAAAUACUUAUUCCAUGUUGAGUCCAAUUCCUUGCUCAUCAGAAGACCCAUUUAGAAAUAAUUUUUAUAGUUUUUUUAGAAGUAGUUCAGAAUUAUCAAAAACAGGCAAAGGAGUAAUAACAGUUUUUUCCAUUUUUGGAGUUUUUAUGAUUCUUUUCUUUUUAUAUAAGGUUAGUAAAAAUAGUGUACUAAUAUGA